AUGCUUGCUUCGGCCAGGGCUAGGGCCUGCCUUACAUGUCUGUUUCAACUGAUGGGGAGUGUCUUCGUCUAUUCAAAGUUAGCUCCGCCCUGCAUGUCCCAGCUAGGACUGAAAUACAACGGUUCCCAUAAUUCAUUAGUAUUUCACAUUGCGGCUUGGGACGAUGAGGCAGACAAUGUUAGGCUUAACUCUCCCCAAGCCUGGAUACCAUCGAACAUCAGCGACAGUUUCAUUGAGAUUAACAUCUCACAGCCCGUGUUACUGACCGCUCUUCAAGUUCAAGGUGACCCUGAGAUGACCGGUCUGGUGACUGGGUGGCUGUUAGAAACGUCACUGGAUUGUGAUCACUACAACGUUGAGAAUUACUCGAUCGACUCUGAGAGGUUGCUUGAUACGGAGACUGUUUUACUGCGAAAGAUGGAGUUUGUGACCUGCAUUCGAUUAACUCCCACACAGUACACGGGUCAGUGGCCAGCCCUUAGACUCGAACUUUUGGGAUGUGCGGUAUACGAAAACAGCAGAUGCUGUCAAGACGUGCAACCAGCCAAAGAGCUGUGGAUAGACGGCGGUGGAUGUCAGGUCAACUAUGAUCACGAGGUGGUAUUCUCCUGGGUGAAAGUUUUGCUGGAGCUGCAGACACCGUCCGAAGACAACGUCACCAUAUCAACCAGCUUGACCUGCGAGUACUGGCACUAUCUGGACAUAUCUGAUAUGAACGUGAUUAGCGUGACGUCGGAUGACAAGAGGUCCAGAUGGCUGACAAUAGAGCUGGGCACUCCGAUUAGAGCCCGAUGUCUGAGAAUAUACCCGCCUCCGGCAGCCAAGUUAAGAGAAGUGCAGACAAGUGAUUGCGGUUCCCGUUUUACCUCGAGUCUGGUCGAACUGGAUGCUGACUCCACUGAUCCUGGACAGAAAGACGUUGAAACCACAUCUGUUGUCACAACAAACACCACUUCGAGAGAAACUCCGUCUGUUGUCUUAAAUUUUACAACGUUUACAGAAAUAUCAUCCGUAGCAACAACAGAUAUAACUUCCAGAGAGACCAUCAAUAUUGCAUCAGUAAGCACAACAUCAAGACAAACCACAACUGCGUCACCAGGGACUAUGCCAGCCACGCCAAAGACCGAAGCUUCUGGGGAAUAUUUGUCAACACAAAAUCAAAAUGAGACAACUGUGCCUAUGGAGAAGUAUAUGCUUACAAAUUUAGAUGGCAAUGAUAAUGGAUCGCAAGCGAAUCAAACACAAUCCACCAACAAACCAAACAACUCAGACAUCUCUACGCACUCUUUAUUGUUAGAAUCGACAACCUCAGCAAAUAACAUCAGAACAACUGAUGCCAGCGUAGAGAAAACUACAACAGAAAUAAUCAGGGGUGCUAAUAUUUCUAACGAGAACAGUCUCACAGACAGUUCUUCUCCACAUGGCACUGCUUCUAACGAUUCGGAGCCAGCGAAUGGGACGUAUAUAAACGUUUACGAGAACACUGAAAGAAAUGAGACAGUUACUGAGUCGACAAGUACACAUUCUAUGUUCAGUGAUCAUUCAACAAAUAAUACUAUUACAUCCACGGCAGAGGCGCAGAGCCCGGAUGCAAUGUCAGCUGAUGAAGGCAUCAAUGAAACCUUGAAGAGCAAAGAAAAUAACAGAACCGAAUGCGGAAUGAAGACCGAGGCCCAAGGAAUUCGAAUAAAAAGGGUUAUCGGUGGACAUCUGAACAGUCCUGGACAAUGGCCAUGGUUGGUCUCCUUGCACUUUUUGAAAGAGUUCGAAUUCACCAAAAAGUCGGGCUUCAAGCACACAUGUGGAGCUAGUCUUGUGGCGCCAGGAUGGGUUAUCACAGCUGCUCAUUGCUUCUCGGAUGCUCUCCUGGAUGGACUCAGCAACUUAACAAUUUGGCGGGUAUACUUUGGCAUGCAUGACCUGGCCAAGGCGAGGAGUGAUGCGUUUGUCCAAGAGCGACUCAUUGAUUCCGUGUUCUUAUAUCCAAGCUAUAAUAUCACAGAGGAGCCAUUGCUGUACGACCUGGCUCUGGUUCGACUGAAUGAAACCGUGGAGAUCAACGACAGGGUGUCCCCGAUCUGCCUCGAUGGUCACACUGACUUACAUGACGAGGAAAACAUCUGCUACGUUUCUGGUUGGGGUCAAACCACUAUGGAGUCUCCGGGCAGUCGAUAUCCCUACACGGCAGCCAUGGCGACUAUGACGCUGUCCAAAUGCAGAGAGAUGUAUGACCGGCUACCAGACGACCAUGAGAUCAAGGAGUAUGCACGGAUUGAUUCCCCAGUGCUCUGUGCUGCUGUAGGCACUGAUGGCCAGGAUGCGUGUCAG